AUGCUGAGGCUGCGGGAAGAGUGUCCAAUUAGAUAUUAAACACACUUCAGACCAUUAAAACUAACCGCUGGUUGGACAAACUGACCCAACAAGUGCUGAACUCCGGAGGAACAGAAGGAAAAAAGAGGUGAUGGAGCACUCUAAACAUACAAAGUACAGUUCAAAGGAAAGGAAAGACAGCGGUGACAGCGGCUCCGUCCUCAACGGACACUUUGACGGCUUGGUGAAGCGGCCGGCCGGCGGCCCCGGGCGCAACGCGGCUCAACAGGCGCCGGCAGCAGAGUCCGGGUCGCACCGAGCGGCCACCCCGGUGAUGGAGAGCUGGAAAGAGGAGCGCACCAGGAGCGUGGAGGACAACGAGAUGAGCCUGCCGUCCCUGGCCGCAGCCUACACCACCAUCCUGCGGGGGCUCGGGGAAGACCCUCAGCGACAAGGACUCCUCAAAACCCCCUGGAGAGCCGCCACCGCCAUGCAGUUCUUCACCAAGGGCUACCAGGAGAAAAUUAUCGACGUGUUGAAUGAUGCCAUCUUCGAUGAGGACCAUGAUGAGAUGGUGAUCGUCAAAGACAUCGAUAUGUUCUCCAUGUGUGAACACCACCUGGUGCCCAUCUUUGGCAGGGUUCACAUCGGUUACCUCCCCAACAAGCGAGUUCUGGGCCUCAGCAAGCUGGCCAGGAUUGUUGAAAUCUACAGCCGUCGAUUACAAGUUCAGGAGAGGUUGACCAAACAGAUCGCUGUGGCGAUUACUGAGGCCCUGCAGCCCACCGGGGUCGGAGUCGUCAUCGAGGCCACCCACAUGUGCAUGGUGAUGCGCGGCGUCCAGAAGAUGAACAGUAAAACCGUCACCAGCACCAUGUUGGGUGUUUUCAGGGAAGAUCCAAAAACCCGCGACGAGUUUCUGACGCUCAUCAGGAGCUGAGGAUGAUGAAGCUCCUCCUCUUCCUCCUCCUGUUGCCUGAGGUUACUUCCAUCUGCACGGACCAGCUGCAGUGUUACCUGUGUGUGUGUGGGGGGUGUUUUUGUCUCACCAAGGGCGGUAACAGGAUGUUUACUAUCUUUCCAGUCUUUGUAGUGACCUGAAAAAAGCAGCACGUUACCUCAGUGAUUUCAGUACGAGGCCGCUGACUGACAUGUUUACUUUUAGAUAGACAGACUUUAUCUAAUUUGUCCACUUGUGUUGCAUCUGUGUGUAUAUGUGGGGUGGGGGGUUGUGUGUGUGUGUGUUAUUGAAACAUCAAUCACUGGUCUAAAAAAACAGGAGGAGAAUUUACACAGAGAAUUAGUCCUGAUAAAAACAACACUAAUCAUAAGUCUGAUAAAUGAUAAAAGAAAACUACAAAUUCGCAAAUGACCAGCAAUCAGACUUUUAUGGUUACUGUUAACAUUAAACAAUCUGAUUUAUAAAUAUACUUUAAAUAUAUAAAUAUACUUUAAGCCAUAUUUAAUAAUCAUCAAAAGUAAAAAAAAAAAGCCCUAAGAGUUAAAAUUUUAAACGAUGGAUAUAAAUUGUAAUCUGUGUAAUAUGUUUCUGUAGGACGUUUCUGCCUUUUAAAGCACCAAAUUCUUAUUUUUUUAAAUUCUUGAAAAGGACAUUUUUUACAUGGUCUAAUUAAAGCCUAAACCUAAGGAAGCAUGAAGCUGUCACUCAAAUAAAAAAAUAUCUGGGACCUUUUACUUUUAUUUUAAAAAACAUGAAAUGGCAUUAAGUUGUACUUCAUUGAAGAGAUUUGGUGAAGCUUGGAGGACACUGUGAUAUUGUUGAUGUUGCGUCCUUAAAGCAGACAGGACUACGUCUUUGUGUCUGCAACUUAUUUCUCCCAGUCCCAGCAGUGCAUAUAGCCUUUAUAAUUUUCAGAAGACAGCAAUAAGCAUAAUCAGUGGUAAAUGUUAUUAACUAAAAGCAGCACACACACACUCUAUGGCAACUCAGACAGAUGCACGCACUCUCUCACUGCACACAGGGAGUUGACAUACCAUGUUGCUCAUAACUGUCCCACAUGUCUGUGUGUACAUCAAUAAACCAGAGUAA